UACUAAGCCGUAGUCGUCAGUUCUUUACCUGGAAAAAUGGUUGAUUGUAACGUAAAUAUAGGAAAAUUUUAGUAAAAGGCAAAAGAAUUAGCACUCUGUGUUAAUUCGCAUUUGCCAGAAAUCGAUUGUUUAUUCAUCAAUGUUAAAAAUGAUUGCAGUACCAGCAGAGGCUUCAGCCUUUUUAGGUAUAGUUGGAGCAUUUUUAGUGCUGCUUGUGGUAUUUUAUUUAUAUUUAAAUAAGAAGUUUUGUUUUACCACAAUUGGUGGUUUUCCAUGUUGUGACAAGCCUCUUUCUAACCAAAGAGAACCAGCAACUAAAGAUUUAGACACUUGAAAAAGGCAUAAUGGCCACAGCGUCUUUUCUAAAAAUAAAAAUUAAAAAAAUAAUGACGGAAAGUGACAUAUGAAAUUUGAUAGUGUUCAAGCAGAUGAUGAAAUUCACUGUUCUGGAAUACAGCCUUUGACAACCUUUCUUUUUUAUAAUUAUUGUUUUAAUAACAGAAUUUUUAAUAUGAAAAUUACAUUAUAUCAUUGCAACAUAAUAAAAUAAAAGGAACAGCAUUUGCAUAUGAAGAAGUUGAAUCUUCUACAGAUAGUGAAGAUGAAGUUUUGCAAAGACUUCAGCAUUCCACAAGCUUAUACACUGGUUUGCGUAAGGUUGGUGGUACCAUGGGAGAAGAAUCCCAUUCUAGCAGACAACCUAUGAAGAACACCUUUUCAUCUUCCAGUAUUAAUCAAGAUAAAUGUUCUACUUCUGGCCUUUAUCAAGAACAUAUUUCUAAGGUUAUCCACGGUGACCCCAUUUCCCUUGUAGAGAAAGGACGUGUUGGAAAUGCAGGAAGUGCUUCUUCCUUUUCCAGUGAAACCAGUAUUGGAGAAACAAGAGAAGAUCCAACAGCUAUUUCUCAGCCACUGAUAGCUGACAGUAGUUCGCAUCAUUUUGAAAAUGGUGCCUUUCAAAAUAUUAUAGAUUCUCCAGAGGUUUCUAACCAUACUUUUUCAAGAUUUGGUGAAACAAUGAUUGAUAAUGAUGAACAUCUUUUUGAUGUAAGUGAUUUAAAUAGCACUCUUGGUGAACAGGAACCAGGAACAGGCACUCGAUGUGGUGCUUUGGAGGUAAAGUUCUCAUACGAUGUGACAUCUCGUAAAAUGACAGUAAAUGUGAUUCAGGCACAGGAUCUUCCUUCUCGAGAUCGUGGAGGAGCAAAUCAUGUCCAGGUCAGAAUAUUGUUGUUACCUCAUAAACGCCAGAAAUAUAAAACAAAAAUUCGUAAUGGAAGUAGUCUUCAGUUCAAUGAGACAUUUGUUUUUAGUAGAAUUAAUCCAGAGGAAAUUGGUAAUAUGGGUUUGCGUUUUCGUUUGUAUGGCUGUGAACGUAUGAGAAGAGAGCAUUUAAUUGGAGAAGCCAUAAUUCCAUUUUCUUCAGUUACUUUGGAAGAGAGCAGUGCAUUCUGGCUAAUGUUAGAGCCGCGUUCCAAUCUUGCACAUUCAGAUUCUAAAACUGAUAUAUCCAGUUUAGCUAGAAGUGAUAGCACAGGUUCAACACAUUCUAUGCAACAUGGUGGAUUACCAGAAUUAUUGUUAGGAUUAGCUUACAAUGGAACUACAGGACGUUUAUCAGUUGAAGUGAUUAAAGGGAGCCAUUUCCAUAAUAUCUCUCUUAACAGAGCACCUGAUACUUAUGUGAAACUCUCUUUGGUUUCAUCAAGUGGUCAAGAAAUUGCAAGAAGCAAAACGUCAGUUCGAAGAGGACAACCAAAUCCUCUUUUUAAAGAAACAUUUGUAUUUCAAGUUGCAUUGUUUCAGUUACCUGAUGUAACGCUAAUGGUAUCAGUAUAUAAUAAGCGCAGCAUGAAACGUAAAGAAAUGAUUGGAUGGUUUUCUCUUGGUUUGAAUAGCAGUGGAGAGGAAGAAUUAGCACACUGGAAUGAUAUGAGGGAGAAUAAAGGAGAGCAAGUGUGCCAUUGGCACAUUUUAUUGGAGACUUAAUUUCUUUCUCAUUGUUUUUGAUUUCAUUACCUAUCGAAAGGGUUGAAGACAUGUGUCUUACCGUGUAUUCUCCACCUUCCUGUGUCAACAGCUGCGAUAUUGCAAAGCUGAAGGGAAUUGUAUCCCAGUUUUUCCCAUCUCAAAAUGCCUUUUGCACUGCAUGCUUCGAAGGGGUAAGAGAAUCGAUGUAUAUGUUUUAUCAAUCAGGCGUUAAUACCAAUCUUUAAAAGAAUUUAUAUAAUGCACUCUGUGAUGAAUGUCUGUCUGUGUCAGCAAUACAAUGUAUGCAAAUGAAAGAUUGACAGAAACAAUGCAUUUAUUAUUGUUAAAGCAAAUCAUUGUAAAUUUCAGAGAUUACAAAUAUAAUUUCUACGUAAAGAUUCUAUUGUUGUAAUUCUAAUUAAAAAAGAAGAAAGUUAAUUUGAUAGCAAAAUCUAAUAACCUUUUAAAGAAGACAAAUCAGAUUGGAUAAAUGUAGCAGAUUCAGAAUUUGUAAAUAAUUGAAAGUGUAAAUAUACAUUAAUAUUUUUAAACGUUUAUAAAAUUGAAUUUUGAAAAAAAUAAUAAUAAAAAUGAAAGCUAUGACUAUAGAAUUGUGAUAUAUAAAUGGUUGCAAAGGUAAAUACCAAUUGUUUUCAUUUGUGGAAAAUGGGUAACAUCUUUAUUGUUACUGUACCCAAAAUGAGUUUACUUUUUAAUGUACUGUACAUACAUACUAUAUAUAGGCGUUUACAAUAUAUGUUUAUGAAUAUAAAUAUGAACGAUAACUGCAAAUAACUUGCUUUUUAUCCCCUUUUCCAUAGAACUAUAUGUUGUAAUAUUUCAAUUUAUAUGAAUAUUCUGAAGGAAAAAAUUACAUUUUAUCUAAACUAAUAUUAAUACAUGAAUAUGUUGUAUAUUGUGUAAAAAAAUUUCAUGUUUAUGUAUCAUAUCAUUUGAAGAUAGCAAGAAUUUCUACCUGUAAAAGCAAAGCUAUUGAUUCCAAAAGUAGCAUUCGUUAUGCCUCGGUCCCGAUCAAACUGAAAAUAUGAAUAUUGUACCAUUAUUAGAUUUAAGUAAUCCAAUAUUUUAAUCUAGUUCAUCUAUACAUUCAUCAUCUUGGCAUAUUUUCCUCAAAAAAUUUAAUGCUGUUGGCAGUUCUUUCUGUAUUUGUUUUGUGUUUGAAUUUAUAGUGGAUUAUAUAUUGUCAAUUUUUCUUCCCAGAUUUUUGUCUAUUACCAUAACAAAUGGUAUUAAGUAUAUCCUAUGUGAAAUUGUAUUGAAAUAAAUAUUGAAUUGGCAUUCUUGUCAUUUUCUGUUAUCGAUAUAAAAAUUCUUUUGUCUUAAGAAUUUAAUUUAUUGGAAGCAAAUUAAUUACAAUUAAUGA